AUGAUCACCUCUUCUCCUUUAUCUUCUCCAUUAGAGAGGACAUUAUUUUCAAAAGUAUUCAAAGAUGAAAAGUUGACGGAUCUAAUAUUUAAACAUGUUAGAGUGCUUACUAGAGACACUAUCAGAGAAACAGUAAGAUACCCUACUCGCUACCUUCUUCAAUUUAUCAAAAAACAUGAUCAACAUGUCGGGUGGCUGACAGAUGAAAAGAGUGUAAAGAUUUUGGAGGAUCGUAUCAGAGUGGAUGUACAAUCAUUGUACCCAAGUUGCCCAGAGGUUGAUGAAUUUUGCAAGAGCAGUAUUACUCAAAACUAUGACCUCUUUAAGAUGGUGUAUGAUCAUCGUCCCGAACUAUUCGCGAACGGUGAUAUAUUGGACAACGUUGCUGCCAAGGGAUGUGUAGAGACGUUCAAGAUGUUGGAGAGACAAACCACACCCAUUCAGCUGACCUGCACAGCCGCAGCAUUGUCAGCGGCAUUGUCAAAUGCCAAUUGGCCAAUGGUCGAUUACCUCAUCGACAAUAGAACCGAGGGAUGUCCAUUUGAUGUGAUGGCUAGCAUUUUGACAAACGGGUCUACACUACCAUCUGAUAAAUGCAAAGCUAUUCAAAUCGUCGAUGACUACAUCCAUGAAAAUAGUCGUCCCAAUCUCGUAUUGGAACCAAGUGCAUGGAAGUAUGUCAACUCUAUUGAAUUGGCUCGAUCACUUGCUCGACCCAAUCAACUUCCCAUUGCCAAGCUUUCAGUUGACGACUAUCUAUACGAUCUCUUGUCUCUCAAAGCCAGUCGAUUCUUUCAGUUUGAAAACGUCCGUCACCAUUUCAUCACGGUUCAAUUGGAUAUUGUCUAUUAUUUCAUGGUCAAUGUAAUGCACUACAGUUUCCUCUCAUACCAACAACUAGAAGAUAUCAAAUCACAAUUCAAAGACGUCCAAUUCAUUAACCGUCAAACAAAAAUAUAUCCAAUGAAAUUAAAGAAUAACCAUUUUCAACAAGAAGAAUCAGAAAUUGAAAAGAUGACUAAAAAGUAUGAAACAAUGGAUGAUCAAGAAUUGGACAAAUGGAAUACUUUUAUUGCAUUUAAAAUCAUAUUGAUCGAGGUUAUAUCUGCAAUGAAGUUGACAAUUAUAGACUUGGACCUAGCAUUUAUCAAUGCUAUAUUAUCAUUGACAAAGACUGGAUCAACUGUUAUCAUGCCAAUACUAUUCUCAAACUACUACAAAAAGAGUAUUAGUACUUCUCGCCUCACGACACAAAGACCUACACUUUUCGAUUUGAUUUGUAAAAGAUGUACUUUGGAUCAAGCCAAAGCUGCCUAUUCUAUGGUUCAAGAGUAUAGAAAUGACGAAUUAUUGCAAUGGGCAUUACACAAAGGCUCCGAACCCAACUUUAUCACUGCAAGAUCGGCAACCUAUUUGGCAGAGUUAAACAAUUUAGAGGUGUUAAAGUAUUUAGAUGAGGUUAGUGAAUCUAAUCUCGCUCAAUUUCACUUGGAACACUCACAAUUCAACUACAACCCAAAAACAACUCGGUAUCUCCUCGAAACAAGACCAAACAGUCUCCUUCCUCACUACUCUUAUCAAAAGGCCCUAGAAACUUUUGAUUUGGAAUUUAUCAAUUGGUUUGAUAACUUUGUUCAACAAAACCAGUCAAUCAUUGAUGCAUUCAAAAAGAAAGAAAAUGGUUUUCAAAGAAAUGAUUAUCCAAUCAUAUUGUCAAGGGAAAUUAUUUCAAAUAUUUUCACAAAAUUAAAUGGAAAUCAAAAAAAAAUCAUUGAUUUAUUGGAUUAUAUCAUCAACAAAUACAAUAUUACCAACAAAAGUCUAGACAUUGCAACUGGAAUAUUCGAGUCUGAAGAUAUCGUUUAUAAUUUAAUGUCAGAAUGUUGUGAACAAGGAAAUUUAGAAAUAUUUAAAUGGUUGGAAAUGAAAUUAAAUCUAUCACCUCAAUCAAAGAUUCAACAACCAGAGAGAAUAGCAACAACUAUAUUUGAUGAUGCAUACCUAACUGGAUUGAAUGAUGAUUUGGUUGAAUAUCUUAUUGAAAAUCGAUUCGAAGGUUUUGGUCAAGAAUCUUGGAAAUAUGUUGGUGAGAGUGGUGACAAAAAACAAUUACAACGAAUGAUUCGUGGAACAAAUCAACAACAACACAAUCAACUUUUAAAUACAAUAGCUGCAUUUGCAAUUCGAAAUGGAAACAUGAAAAUAUUAAAUCAAAAUAAUAAUAAUAUUAUUCCACAACAAACCAUCGUGCUCAAUUUAACAAAUUAUAAUAUAAAGCAUACAAUUAAAAAGGGAGUUGAACCAAUCAUUAAAAUGUAUCUUCAACAUGCAACAAUCGAUGAAAUGGAAUCGAUUUUACAACAAUCAUUAAGAUUAUACCAACCAACAUGCACCAAAUUAAUUCAUCAAGAAUUAAUUCGACAACAAAAAGAACAAUCCAUUCAACCAUAUCAACUCGAUCAAAGAGACCAACUAUUUUUAAUUUGGAGAGAAAAUAUUCCCUUGUUGGAAUACUUUAUUCAACAAGAAAGUAUGGAUCCAAAAUCAAUCGACAAAAAACAUUUUAGUCGUCUAAACACUCCAGAAUUGAGAGAUCAUAUGUAUCAAUACCUACUCGAUCGAGGAUUCAACUCUUCCAAGUUUCAACCAUGGUCACAAGUCCGACUCAAAUCAGUCUCUUUACAAUUCAACCGAGCCAAAAAAGGAGAAAAGACACAAUUGAUCAAUCAAGAAACCAUUCGAUUAGUAUUUGGUAACAAAUAUAUUUUGCGAAAGAUUCUUAGAGAGACAAGAUUCACAGAGUCUGGGUACAGAGUUCCAAUGCCAAUGGAUCUCCGUUUGGAUCUCACAUGGCUUGUAUCAAAUGGUGGAUCCAAUUGGAUCAAAUAUCUGAUUCGUCGAAAAGAACCACUUCAUGUCAGCCCCAAGGCAGUCAGCUCUCUUUUCCAAGUCUCUGAUGCGGAGCUCUUUCAACUUGUCUAUGACAAUUAUCGGUCAUCCUUUAUUUGUAUUCCUGGCCCACCUCUUUUUGACUAUUCCGUUUAUAUUCAAGAACAACUAUUAAAACAGGUCGAUCCAUUUCCCUUUUUACCUUUUCCCCAAACACAUACCUACUAUCAUUACCAUUUUCCAGCUUUGCCUGGUUUAUUUGACCAAGAGGUAAUGGAAAAGGAACUAGACAAUUUAAUCCAAAAGAAUCGAUCAGAAAAGUCAGACCGACAAGGAUAUGACAAUGUAUUUUCCUACAGUCAAACAGAAAGAGUUUCAGUGAAUGACCAAGAAGAAUUUGAUAUUGAAAACAUUGACGACAUUCAUUAUUGGCACCAUCAUGUAAACUUGGACCAACUAGACACAAAAUCUGAAUGUUUACUGGACCGUAUGGAGAGCAUUCUCGGAAAACAAGAUAUUAUUCUAGUCAAUUUUAUUCAUCGAAACCGAACAGAAUCCUUUACCACUCAAAACCUGGAACAAAUUCAAGAUUUCACCGUUCUCCGUUUUAUUCGACAUUGUCUUCCAGACCUGCUGGAAAUAGGAUCCCCUCUUUAUGACAAUGCAAUCAUUGAUCGAUGGGAUCUGAUCGCAAACGAACUUUAUCAUACAUCAGACUUGGAAUGCACCCCCAACGCAUACAACUGCCAGGAUCGAUUGCAAUUUCUAUACUACGAUCUCCAAGUUCCCUUUGACUCGGAACUCUACCAUCCAGUCGACACUCCUUCCCUUGCCAAUAUCAAAUUCCUCAUUUAUAUUGGAUUGGAUAUCGAAAAGGCUUUGGAUGUAACAAUUGAUAACCAAUGUGUCAAUUAUAUUUUAAAACAACACAAAAAACAGCAACUCCAACUCGUCGAUGGGAACAACCCGUCUCUCUUUAGGUACGACCCUAUUUUUAUCUAUGGUUUGAUCCCGUCCCAUUGCUUUUCACAAGAUAUCAACAUUCAGAUCAUGGAAACUGGCCUACGUGACAAUCGAGAAAACUUUAUCAACGAUUCACUCUACCAAGGUGGUAUAAUGGAUAAACCUAUUCUAGAUUACCUACACAAACAUGGAGUUCCUUUUAGGAAAAACCUCAUAGAAUGCCUUUUGGACAAUGUCGACGAACGACUCAAUGACAUUGAAGCAUGUCACUUUUCCAAAGAACAAACGAUCCGUUGUUUUUCCUAUGACAAUUACCAACACCUUGAUACCACCCGUUUCAUGAAAGUCUAUUCAAAACAAUUUGUUCUUUGCCAGGCACCAAUAUCAAGUUCACUUUUUGAUGAGUUGGACCUCAAUGCUAUUCAAUAUUACGACUUUUUAUUCGAAUUCAACCGCCGUGAUUGCUUCAAAUUCCUCAUUGACAGGUUGCAAAAAAAGGGAAUGGAUAACAAAAUAGUAACAGCCAGAAUCGAAUCGAUGUUUUAUCACACUGCUAUCACCCCAUACCUCCAGACUUGCUCAACUGUAAUGCUUGACCACUGUUUGCAAUUGAUCACCAAUCUUUCAAACAAAAUAUUACCACAAAACAAGAUGGAACGCGUAUAUUCGGAAUUUCUCAUAGAGACAGAUGAGACAUCGGCUAGAUUUGAUCAAGCAAUGGUCAUAGCAAAAAUAUCAUUUCAUACUGCUGUCUUUCUUGCCAACUCUCUCAACAUUUCAGCGUCAAUGACUUUUUAA